CCUCUUUCACCGGCCACUAAACCGUGAGUGUCUAACUCACUGUUCUUCAGUCUCUUAAAAAAAGAAAAAAAUAUAUAAAAAUUACAAAAUAUAUAAAACCUUCAUAAAAAACAAUUUCAAGACUAAACAUAAAAAGGAAAAAAAUACAAAAAUCGCAUCCAUUAUAGGCUACAGGCUAUUUAUUUUUCUCUUUCUUUUUUGUUUGCAAAACAAAACAGAAGGCCUCGGGCUUACUCCGACGUUAACGAGAAAAAGUGAUACCAAAGAAAGAAACUACUUUGAGGAUACACUGGAAUUACUUGCGGUCUAUUCUGUCAUAUCUACCGAUAUUCAGAUUUGGCGUGUGCGUAAAAGUUUCACCGCGAGGGACUAACGAUUGUCUCUACCAUCAGAGCACCGUGUUCAGUCUUACAAUAACGGCUUCACUCAGAGACAUUAUUACACAGAAGUAGUGGUCAUUUUCUAAGCUGUCCCUUGCAAAACGUUGCGCUCAAACGUAGUCAACUCCGAGAAAUGAACACAGCGACCGCGGGGAGUUAUCCGAUGGCUUCUCUCUAUGUCGGCGACCUGCACCCUGAUAUCACGGAGGCUAUGCUGUAUGAGAAAUUCAGCCCUGCCGGACCCGUCCUGUCAAUUCGGGUUUGUCGUGACAUGAUUACCCGGCGCUCACUGGGCUAUGCUUACGUGAACUUCCAGCAACCGGCUGACGCCGAAAGAGCCUUGGACACCAUGAACUUUGAUGUGGUCAAAGGGAAGCCCAUCAGAAUCAUGUGGUCGCAGAGAGACCCCUCGCUCAGGAAAUCUGGAGUCGGAAAUGUUUUCAUCAAAAACCUGGACAAGUCCAUCGAUAACAAGGCCCUGUAUGACACUUUCUCUGCCUUUGGAAACAUCCUGUCCUGCAAGGUGGUGUGCGAUGAAAAUGGAUCCAAAGGAUACGCGUUUGUGCACUUUGAGACACAGGACGCGGCCGACCGUGCCAUUGAGAAGAUGAACGGCAUGCUUCUGAACGACCGCAAGGUGUUUGUGGGGCGCUUCAAGUCUCGGAAAGAGAGAGAAGCAGAGCUCGGUGCCAAAGCAAAGGAAUUCACCAAUGUCUACAUCAAGAACUUUGGGGAAGAUAUGGAUGACGACAGACUGAAAGAACUUUUUGAUAAAUAUGGCAAGACUCUGAGUGUGAAGGUCAUGACUGACGCCACAGGCAAAUCCCGAGGUUUUGGGUUUGUCAGCUAUGAGAAACAUGAAGACGCUAAUAAGGCAGUGGAGGACAUGAACGGCACAGAGCUGAAUGGAAAGGCUGUAUUUGUGGGACGCGCCCAAAAGAAGAUGGAGAGACAGGCGGAGCUGAAGAGGAAAUUUGAACAACUAAAGCAGGAGAGGAUCAGCAGAUACCAGGGAGUAAACCUCUACAUAAAGAAUUUGGAUGACACCAUUGAUGAUGAGAAAUUACGGAAAGAAUUCUCUCCAUUUGGCUCCAUCACCAGUGCCAAGGUGAUGCUGGAGGAGGGACGCUCCAAGGGCUUCGGCUUCGUCUGCUUCUCUUCCCCCGAGGAGGCCACCAAGGCCGUGACAGAGAUGAAUGGCCGCAUCGUGGGCUCUAAGCCCCUGUACGUGGCCCUGGCCCAGCGCAAGGAGGAGCGCAAGGCUCACCUCACCAACCAGUACAUGCAGCGCAUCGCUGGCAUGAGAGCCAUGCCGGCCAACGCCAUCAUCAACCAGUUCCAGCCCGCUAGCGGCUACUUCAUGCCAGCCGUGCCACAGGCUCAGAACAGGACCACAUACUACGCACCCAAUCAGCUCGCCCAGAUGCGGCCAAACCCACGUUGGCAACAGCAAGGUGGCCGUGGACAAGGCAGCUUCCAGGGUAUGCCUAACUCUCUGCGCCAACCCGGUCCUCGUGCCAACCUGAGACAUUUAGCCCCUAACGCCAGUGCCCAAGGCCCACGGGGCAUCCCUGCUGGAGCCCAGAGAAUGGGGAACACUGGACAACCAAUGGGUCCUCGCCCCUCCAUGGGCAUGACCGCCCCACGUGCCAUGCCACCAUAUAAAUAUGCCACUACAGUUCGCAACACACAACCACAGGUGGUGCAACCCAUUGCCUUACAACAGGCUCAGCCUGCAGUCCAUGUUCAGGGUCAGGAGCCCCUGACGGCCUCCAUGCUCGCCGCUGCUCCACCCCAAGAGCAGAAACAGAUGCUGGGUGAACGCCUGUUCCCACUGAUCCAGGCCAUGCAUCCCAGCCUGGCAGGGAAAAUUACCGGGAUGCUGCUGGAGAUUGACAACUCUGAGCUACUGCACAUGUUGGAAUCCCAUGAGUCUUUGCGCAGCAAGGUGGAAGAGGCUGUUGCUGUGCUCCAAGCUCAUCAGGCAAAGAAGGAUGCCACUCAGAAAGUUGGAGUUAACGCAACAACAGCAGCGGCUUCUUCAUGAUGGGUUUCAAAAACAAGUGGACCGAGCAGAAGUCACCACUCUGGUGUGAACCUGGACAUCAACUGAACAACUAAAGAAAAAUACUUUAAAAAAAAAGAAAAAAGAAAUACAAAAAUAUACUUGAAAAAUGUAUUACAGAUCUGAUUUUCAGCUCUGUGGUUAUUUUUGAUUGCAUACAACUUCAUUUAAAAUGAUAAAAAAUUAGAGGCUUUCCCUUCAAUCUGAAAUACCUCUAUAUAGUGGCCAGGAGGACAGGCAUUGUUUUCCUAAAAAGAAAAAAAACAAACAUAGUUCUUAUUUUCUUCAUUUUGAGAGUUGUGUGUUUGCUGGUUUGAUUGGUACCAUUCGAUUUCCCAUCCACAAAAAAUACACUGGAUGGUGUGGCAAUCUAAAUAAAGGAAUGCAACAUCUAAUUCA